GUCUCUUCCUCCCCCCAUCUGUGAGGGCCAAAACCCGAGCGUUGCUGUGUUUGUGGGGUCGGAGAGCGACCCCCCAGAAGCCCUGGUCCUGGCCGUUCGCUGGCAGGUUGCGCGCCUGAGGCGGUUCAUUGGAGUCCGCUUUUAAAUCCGAUGCCAGGCCGGGGUAGAAGAAGACGGAGCGGCGGGAGGGCCGAGGGUCGCCCCCCAAGCCGGGCUCGGCGCUGGGCUGUUCUGAGGGCGGGGAGCGAGGGCAGGGCUUCCUUCUCUCGGGAGCCGGCGGUGGCUCUAGCCGUUUGUUGUCUUGUAGCCGUGAGGAUCCGAGCUCGAGCUCUCCUGACAGGAUGGCAGGUAAAAGCCAGAAUUUCAGUUUCCAGCUCCCAGCUGUAGUGCAGCCUACAUUGGAUGGUCACCUAUAUCCUUUUGGGAAUGGCAUAAGUUCUGACAGUGAUGUGUUGGAAGAUGAAGUGGAGUUGCAUGAACUGCGACCCCGGGGAAGGGAGAAAGUCAGAAGAAGUACAUCAAGGGAGAGAGUGGAUGAUGUCGUAUUUAUAACCAAGGAUAUACAAGAAGGAGACACGUUAAAUGCUAUAGCUCUUCAGUAUUGUUGUACAGUAGCAGAUAUCAAAAGAGUGAACAAUCUUAUUACAGAUCAGGACUUCUUUGCCUUGAGAGCUAUUAAAAUUCCAGUGAAGAAGUUCAGUGUAUUGACUGAGACACACUGCUUUCCCAAAGGCAGGCAAAUUUCAAGAGCUGCUUCUGCGUCAUACUCUGCAGAAUUUCAGGAUGCAUCCCCAGCUGCUGAAUCAUUUUCUUCCACUGAGACUGUAGGUAACUUCUUGAAAGAAGUAGACCGUGAUAUAGAACAAAUAGUGAAAUGCAAUGCCACAAAAAGAGAGAAUCUUAAUGAAGUUGUUUCUGCCUUAUCAACCCAGCAAUUGAACUUUGAACCAGAUGGUAAAGCCAUCAAGCGUAAAGAUCCUUAUUAUGGAGCAGACUGGGGAAUAGGUUGGUGGACAGCAGUCGUAAUAAUGGUCGUGGUUGGCAUAAUAACACCUGUUUUUUAUCUUUUAUACUAUGAAGUUUUAGUUAAAGUGGAUGUUAGUCACCAUUCUACAGUGGAAUAUUUAUCGGUUACAUCACCAUCUGAACCAAAACCAUUAGAGGGAAUGAAUCAGAACAUUUCAUGAAAAUUGAAGUUUUGCCUUUUACAUGCUGAAGAUUUGGGAGUUCAAUCAACACACCAUGUGAAGAGAGAAGAGUAACAGGUCCUGUAUGGAACUGGAAAGUAGCUUUCAUUAUCAUGGUAAUAAAUAACAGGGCACGUUUACUAUCUUGCUGUGUGUAUGGAAGAAUACUUGGCAGGCAUAUUGUUAAGUUCAGUAUGUUGACAAAUUAAAUGCAGAUUGCUUGAA